AUGGAAGGCGAACCCGAUGUCACAGGCCGGGGAUAUCAUCGCCCCCAGCGCAAAAGGACCAGAACGGCGAGGGCGUUGGAAUCCGAGCAGAAAAAAGGCGAUAUGGAAUGGCAGGAAGAGGAGAGCAGUGAGGGAGCUCCGAGUCAAGCCCGAGCCAAGAAACGGGCCACGCCUAAGACAGCUGGCAGCAUGAUCGAGCUUACCCAGAGCCUGAAACGACUUCUGGAACAAGAUUUUAAUAAGCGAAUGGAAUCGAUGAAGGCGGAGCUCCAGCUCGAGUUCACCAAGCUCAGUGACCGCAUGGCCGAGGAGGUGACUAAGGCCACGGCCCAGAUGGCGCAAGAACUAUCGCAAGUCCGAGAGCAGCUUACCCAGGUUUGCGGCGAGCUGGAGCAGACCCGACUACAGCUGGAGACACUAAACAAGGCUGAGGUACCGCGAUCACCGGGUCGGACAUACGCAGACGCGGCCAGAAUGACACCCGUCAGCACAUCCAACCAAUCUUCAUCUACGGCCCGAUCGGUAACUCCAGAACCAGUGUUCUGCACAGUGGACACGUCCAGAGUGCCCGAGGAUCACAUUGGCGACGCUACACCGGCAAUGAUUCGCAAGACCGUUGAGCAGGAAAUGCGAACGUCGAGCGACCAACCUCACUGGCGAUGCGUCGCAGUGACCAGAGACGGACGGAACGUCAACCGCCUCAGGGUCAUCAGUAGGAACGAAGAAGAAAUGCAAAAGAUCAAGACCAUCCUCGAAGCCAGGAAGGCCCCAGGUGCAAGAGUGCUUCGAGACCAACUGUACCCAGUCAAAGUUGACAACAUGAACCGUACGGCCGUUUUCGACCAGGACUUUAAGGUCCUUCCCGGAGUGCUGGAAACGUUAAGCCAGGAGAACGAAAUCCAGAUAGCCAAGGUGGCCUGGCUGAGUCGAAAGGUCAACCCCAAGGUAUAUGGGUCCAUGGUGGUGUAUCUCACCAAAAACAACGAUGCUAGGAGGCUACUACAGGAAGGCUACUUUCUCGUAGCAGGACAUGCUGACAGGCUGGUGGAUGUGAUUGCUGUUGGGGACUUCAACCGGCACGACCAGCUAUGGGGAGGGGACGAUGUAUCCCUAGUGAGACAAGGCGAAGCGGAUCAGAUUAUUGACCUCAUGAGCGAGCUUGAUCUCACGAGCCUGCUCCCGAGGGGAACGAAGACGUGGAGCGGCGGCGACUUUGAAACGACGGUCGACUUGGUCCUUGCCUCCGAGGAUCUGGCAACCGCAACGGUCAAGUGUGCGAUACACGGCACAGAGCAUGGGUCCGACCAUCGUGCUAUUGAAACAGAGUUUGACAUUUCAGUACCAGCAUCGCCAACUGAGAAGCGGCUCCUACUCAAAAAUGCACCAUGGAAGGAAAUCAACGAUCGAAUCGCCGCGGCGCUAGAGACCACCCCGACGGAGGGCACCGUACAGCAGAAGACCGAUAGGCUCAUGUCAGCGGUGCUAGAGGCGAUUCGCACCCUGACACCCAAAGCUAAACCAUCACCAUAUGCAAAGCGCUGGUGGACCUCAGACCUCACGCAACUCCGGCGGAUAUACACGUACUGGAGGAACCGUGCCAGAGCAUCAAGGCGAGCAGGAUGGACAUGUGAGGAGCUCGAGAAUACAGCCAGGGGAUCAGCAAAGCAGUACCACGAUGCUAUCAGACAGCAGAAAAAGACGCAUUGGAACGAGUUUCUAGCUGACAACGACAACAUUUGGAAGGCAGCAAAGUAUCUUAAGUCUGGAGACGAUACAGCAUUUGGCAAAGUGCCCCAGCUUACAAGAGCUGACGGCACGCGCACGGCCAACAACACCGAACAGGCUGAUGAAAUGCUAGCCACUUUCUUCCCCCCUUUGCCGGAGCACAUCGACGAGGAAGGGGAGAGACCUCAGCGCGGAGCUCCCGUCACCAUGCCAGACAUUACCAUAGGGGAGGUGGAGCGGCAGCUCUCCGCGACAAAGUCGUGGAAACCACCUGGCGAAGACGGACUACCGGCCAUGGUCUGGAAACAGGUCUGGCCAGUUGUUAAGCACCGAGUCUUAGCACUGUUUCGUGCAUCACUAGAAGAAGGAGUCCUGCCGGAUCAAUGGAGACACGCAAAAAUUAUUCCUCUCAAGAAACCAAAUAAAGAGGACUAUUCGAUCGCGAAGGCAUGGAGGCCCAUCUCGCUCCUAUCUACGCUAGGCAAAAUACUAGAGGCGGUCGUCGCGGAACGGAUCUCGCACGCUGUCGAGACACACGGACUGCUGCCGACAAAUCACUUUGGAGCCCGCAAACAGCGGUCUGCCGAGCAGGCCUUGAUGUUGCUGCAGGAGCAAAUCUACGCUGCCUGGCGAGGCCGACGGGUCCUUAGCCUGGUGAGUUUCGACGUCAAAGGAGCGUACAACGGAGUUUGCAAAGAGAGACUCGUCCAACGACUGAGAGCAAGGGGCAUCCCAGAGGAUCUGCUUCGCUGGAUCGAAGCCUUUUGCUCGAAUCGCACGGCGACUAUUCAGGUCAACGGACAGGCAUCCGAGAUGCGAAGUUUGCCACAAGCUGGGCUGCCGCAAGGCUCCCCUCUGUCUCUGAUUCUGUUUCUUUUCUUCAACGCAGACCUCGUACAGCAGCGCAUUGACUGCUAUGGGGGAGCGGUGGCCUUCGUGGAUGAUUUCACGGCGUGGGUGACGGGCCCAACGGCAGAAAGCAACCGCGGUGGGAUCAAAGAGAUUAUCAAGAAAGCGCUGGACUGGGAAAGGAGAAGCGGCGCGACCUUCGAGGCAGAAAAGACGGCAAUUAUCCACUUCACCCGGAAAGCGUACAAGUCCGACUCAGAACCUUUCGCGAUCAGGGGACAGCUUGUUCGUCCCAAGACCCAGGUCAAGGUCCUCGGAAUGAUCAUGGACUCUGGCCUCAAAUACAAAGAACACAUCGCACUGGCAGCGGCCAAGGGCUUAAAAGCAGCCAUGGAACUACAGAGGCUCAGAGGCCUUACUCCAGCGACAGCAAGACAACUGUUUACAACUAUGGUGGCCCCAGUGGUGGAUUACGCCUCAAACGUUUGGAUGCACGCAUGCAAGUACAGAAGGGCGAGCCCUAUCAACAGAGUCCAGAGGAUUGGAGCGCAAGCGAUCGUGGGGACGUUCCUCACGGUGGCAACGAGCGUGGCAGAAGCAGAGGCACACAUCGCUAGUACACACGAGCGUUUCUGGAGACGGGCAGUCAAGAUGUGGACUGACCUCCACACCCUGCCAGCAACCAAUCCACUUCGGAACGCUACAUCUCGCAUCCGAAAGUUCAGAAGAUACAACCGCUCGCCAUUUUACGAGGUAGCAGUGGCACUUAAUGAGAUUCCGGUGGAGGAACUGGAAACGAUCAAUCCGUUCACACUAGCACCCUGGGCAGAACGUGUGCAAACCAUAGUGGUUGACGGGGACAAUUCGGAGACGACACAAGCAGAUCUAGGCUGGGCAGUACGCGUCGCAGUGAGCAGCUCAGCACGGAACGGGAUAGUUGGAGUCGGCGGGGUCAUCGAGAUCCCUGCAUCGGUGCGAGGAGGACCGAAGCUUGAGCGUUUCUCCUUCACACUUGGUAUGAGAACGGAACAGAACCCGUUUUCCGGAGAACUGGCGGCGACGGCAUACGCAUUGAGACACUUACCCGACCUCAAAUACCGAAGUGUGGCAGUAUUAGCGAGCAACAGAGCCGCCGUGCUCACGAUCCGAAAUCCUCGCCAGCAAUCCGGUCAAGAGUAUGUUAGGUGCAUAUAUGACUCCAUCGAUACGUUGAAGGUCAAGGGCAAUGUGGUGGCUGUCAUAUGGAUGCCCACCAGUGCUGAACACAAGCUCCUGAAGAUUGCCAAAGAAGAGGCGCGGGGCGCAACCCGAGACGGUGCUAUCCCAGCCCUGAAGUUUCCCAGAAUGCGAUCAACGACCCUUAACAUGGCUCGAUUGAGUCAGCGUACUAGCAGACACCUACCAGACAAUGUCGGGAAGUUUUCGAAGAAGGUCGAUGCUGCACUCCCAGGCAAGCACACUCGACUACUAUACGAUAGCCUAUCACGGAGAGAAGCCAGCGUGCUAGCGCAGCUCAGGACCGGUAUGACCAGAUUGAAUGGAUAUCUCUUCCGGAUCAAAGUAGCAGCGUCGCAGCUAUGCGCAUGUGGACAAGCGACAGAGACUGUCGAGCACUUUCUCUUCCGAUGCAAAACAUGGACAGCGCACCGAACCGAAAUGCUGCAGUGCACCGAGACACAAAGAGGAAAUCUCUCGUUCUACCUGGGAGGGAAGUCACCGACAGAUAACGCGAAAUGGGCGCCAAAUAUGCAAGCAGUCCACGCAACUAUACGAUUUGCAAUAGCCACAGGUCGACUCGACACACAAUAUUGA